AUGGCUAAGUUUGUUCUCGCAGGAAAGGCAGAUUGUCCUCAUUAUGCCAAAGCUGAGCUUCUAGCAGAUUUACUGCAAAAAAUCCUGCCUGAUUUCCACAUUCACAAAAUCUCCAUACUGCCUAAUGCCUGGGAGAGCUGGCUUGAAGACAUUUGCUCCUCCAAUGGCUGGAAACAUGAGGGCAGCCCCAUGGUGUGGAGGGAGCUGACGGACCGUGGAGGAAAGGGCAUGCUUCUCGGAGGAUUCAGUGAUUUUCUUGAAUAUGUCCAGGGCUACUAUGGGAUCACAUCAGAUAUGAGCACGGAACUGAUGCUGAACAUCGCAGCAGAGAAUCUUCAGGCGCUGGAACUACACCAUCAGGAUGAAGAGCGUCGAAAGAAACUCCACCAAUCUUUCCACAUCUGGAUCAGCAGCGCUCUAAACCCAGUCUGCUACCAGCUCGUCCCAUUGCUCUGUACGUCUGACGUAUUCGCCAGCGUCCCCGCCAUCAGCCUCCACCUUUUGGACGUAGACGCCAGCGAAGUCUCUCUGUUGGGUCUUAAAAUGGAGGUCGAGGACAUGGCUCUGCCGCAGCUCCACGAAGUCACCGUCCACUCCGACCUGACUCAGGCGUUCCAGUCAGCUGAUUUGAUCGUUCUCCUGGACGAUCAGAGACAGAAUGAGGACAAGGAGCAGCAACUGAGCCAAGUGGUGGAAAGAUUCACUCACUAUGGAUGUCUGAUCGAGGACAACGCGCAUAAGGAUCUACGAGUGCUGGUGGCAGGAGACAUCUGCGUCAAUUUGAAGAGCGCUCUCCUGAUUGAGAACACGCCCUCGGUGGAUCCACGUCGCUUUGUGGUGAUCGCAACACAGCUGGAAGGAGAAGUGAGGACUCAGCUUGCAAUGCAGCUGUCAGUGAAAAGCCAAGAUAUCACCAAUGUCAUCAUUUGGGGAAACAUCAGUGGCCAUUUCCACAUCGAUCUACAACGAGCUCAAGUUUACGGAUAUAAAGGCGCCAUCUGGGGACCUGCAGGAUUCUCUCAGAAUGUCUUGGAGAUGGUUUAUGAUAUAAAAUGGUUGAAGAACAAAUUCCCGAGCUUGGUUAGCUCGCGUCGACAUGACAUUUCUCUCAAGACUAAAAAGCCUGCGGCGAUUUCAGCAGCCAGAGGAAUCAUGACGGCUCUGAACGCCUGGAUCAACGAUUCGUCUCCUCAGGAGAUCUUCUCAGUGGGUGUAGUCAGUACAGGCCACUUCGGUAUUCCUGCCGGUCUCGUUUUUUGCGUUCCCGUGACCUUCCAGAAGGGCGAGUGGUUGGUGUGUUCAGACAUCAUCAUCACCGAAGAGCUGGGGAGGACACUGGAGGCUGCUGUUAAUGAGAUUACAGAGGAGAAAGCCAUUGCAGAUGGAAUAAGGAUGAAAAGUUCUGUUGCCUGAAAUCCAGACAUCCCAAGUCU